UUAGCCAAACAUAUGCUAGAUUUUCACGAGAAAAAUCAUUUGGAUUGAUUUUAAAUACAGCCUGUUUUAUUUUUAUUUUUAUUUUUAAAAAGAAAUCAAUUUAGUUUAGUUUUAAUUCAGUAACAAGUCACUUCUCCCCAAACUUUACCAAAUCAAAUGUCAUAUUACACCCUUUAUUUCGGUAAUGUUUGUUCGGAACUGUUUGAAGAGUUCUUCGCUAAAUUUUUGGGGAGGAAAGGAAGAAGAAUUAAGUGGGUUGUAAUAUAAUUAUGGACAUUAUCAUGCGACAACCUGGCAGGACCUUCUAAGUGUUCAAGACAAGGGAAGAGAAGGACCACCAGUUUAAAUUAAAUAAAAAGUGUCUUUAAAAAAAAUAUGCCCCUCCAGUUUUCAUAACUAAUGCUUGCUUGACUUUUAAGCCUUAAUGCUUUUGUUCUCAAAAAUCGUGGAAACAUCAUCAUUAUCGAGAAGAAGGCCAGGGAGUUUACACAGAGCAGUAGAGCCAAUAGCUGGCCUUACCUCUAGGUGUAUGAUUUCAUCGAAGCUGCAGUGGCCUGUCAGUUAUAGGACAUCAAAAUUUUCAAGUAAUCGGCAUAGGAAAUCACAACCUUUCAGGGAAACGUGACUGCCACAACUAGCUAGCAGAAUCAUUAAGAGUGAUAGUGACGAAGCCACCAUAGGCACCUUUUUUUCCCCCCUACAAGACCUCCAGUAUAUUCGAUAAAAAAUGGGUACCGUAAAUGUUAAUCGUAAUGUAUCGGACACAUUCUACCGGUACAAAAUGCCCCGCCUCCUUGCCAAGGUUGAGGGAAAAGGCAAUGGCAUAAAAACUGUUAUUGUGAACAUGGCCGAUGUAGCAAAAUCACUUGGCCGUCCUGCAACCUAUCCGACUAAAUAUUUUGGGUGCGAGCUUGGAGCACAGACAUUGGUCGAUUUCAAGAACGAUCGCUUUAUUGUGAACGGUUCACACGACGCUACUAAACUUCAAGACCUCUUAGAUGGUUUCAUUCGUAAAUUUGUGCUCUGCCCAGAGUGUGACAAUCCUGAAACAGAUUUGGUGGUCAACUCUAGAAAAGAGACCAUCAGCCAAGAAUGCAAAGCAUGUGGAUUCCAUGGACUUCUUCAGUUCAAUCACAAACUGAAUACCUACAUCAUCAAAAACCCACCUAGUAUGAACCCAGGUACCCAAGGUGCAUCCUUGACUGAAGGGAAACGUGCUAAACGUUCCAAGACCAAGCAAAAUGGAGAAGUUACAACUAAUGGAGAUAGAUCAGGUUCUCCAAAGUCUGAAGAUGAGCCUGAACUCAUUGUUCCACCACCCAAGAAAAUAGAAGAUGAGGAGGAAGAAGAAGAAUGGGCAGUUGAUGUAUCGGAGGAAGCAGUACGGGCCCGUUUGCAAGAUUUGACAGAAGGAGCCAAGAAUUUGACAAUGACAGAAGAUCUUGAAAAGACAGAAAAAGAGCGUAUGGAUAUGUUUUACGGUGUUGUUAAACUUCGCAAAGACUCUGGAGAUCUAUCAAGCACUUCAGCAGCAAAGGAGCUUCUCCAGGAAGCUACCCGUCUCGAGAUCAAAAGCAAAGCUCCUCUUGUUCUCGCUGAAUUGCUUUUCGAUGACAAAAUACACAUUCAGAUCAAGACAUACCGCGUUUUGCUCCUGCAUUUCACCCAUGAAGAUCCAAAAGCUCAGAAAUACCUCAUCGGUGGAAUAGAACAAAUCAUUGCUAUGCAUAAAGCAGCUCUUUUGCCAAAAGUCCCUGCCAUUUUUAAUCUGCUCUAUAAUUCUGAUAUACUGGAGGAGGGGGUGUUACUUGAAUGGGGAAGUAAAGUAAGAUCAAAAUACGUGCCUAAGGAACUGAGCCAAGAGAUCCACAACAAGGCUGAACCAUUUUUAACUUGGUUGAAAGAGGCUGAAGAGGAGGAAGAAUCGAGUGAAGAGGAAGAUGACCUUGAGAUUGAGUAUGAUGACAGAGCCAAGGCUUCUCCGCUUAAAGAGCACAAACCGAUAAACACUCCCAAGCCUGCCCCAGUAGAAGACGACGGAGAAGACGAUGUGGAUAUUGAUGCUAUCUAAAGGAAUAUACUCAAACUGUACCGUUUAUUCUACUCACAUUAUAAUCCCACAAUAUCCAAACAAUUAGAACUGUUUGUAAAAUAAGAAAAAAAAAGAAUAUACAAAAAAAAAUUAUAGAUUUACGUCAUUUUGGUGGCAGUAGCUAGGCCUCUAUUUCCAAAUUGUAGUAAUCUGUGGCAUCUGUGUAAUUUAUCCCCUCCUUUCAAGCUUAUUGUAUAAAUGAGAAAGUUUAAAAAAUGUUGAACAAUAGCAAAACUAAGAUUGCAUUAAAAAGAAAAGAAAGAAAGGCAUGUUUGUCAUAGCAGCAUAAUAUUAAAUAAAAUAUAUACUUCACAACAGCUUUAGUUUUCAAUUUUUAUUUAAUAAUUAGAUAUUGUUUAUAUAGUAGUUCUGCUUAUUUUAAAUUUAUAAGUUGUCAAAAGUAACAUAUGUUAUAUAUUCCAUGUAUAAAAACUUAAUUUUUG